GACAAGAAGUCCACAGUUUUCAUGUUUUAUGACUUUAUAGUAUCUCCUAAGUGUAGUUGUGGAUGAAAAUUCUAGCAUUUGUUAAGAAUGAAAGAUAAAUCUGAAGUGGAACCCUCCGAUAGCGAGGCUCUCGAAUAUGAACUACAGAAACGAAGAAUACUGAAGAUAAUACAACAUACGAUGUACAGACUAAAACUGUUGAGCCACCUGCCCACCAUUUUGGAGAACAACGGCGCCAUCUUGCGCCGCUUCCUCAACAAAACCGAAGCCGAUUUCGUCGUGUACGUGUGCCAAGAAACCCCUCCCAUGGCUGCCCAAAUUCUGGAGAACCGCUCCGACUUAGAACUCAUUUGCAACAUGUUGGAAAGAAUUAACAUCUCCGACAAGAAAGCAAACCCCGGCUCCAAGAAACCCCUGCCUUUCGGCGCCGGCGAGUACUACGAAGCCCACGUUUCGUACGCCGUGGACGUCAUCUUCAGAUGUAAACCGCUAGUCGAGCACAUGGAAACCUUGGAGGGCGAUCCGGACGUUUUGAUGAUGGGCUUCGUGGAUGCCAUAGCGCAGCUGGAGAGCAUCGUCAACGACAAACUGAGCAUAUCGGCGGAGGAGGAGAUCAAGAGGGAGAACGACCUGAAGACGGCGUUUAGGCUGAGCAUGUUGCUGUCGAACAACAUCCAGGAAAUGGAGCAGUUGUUGGAGAAGCAGAGGGAGGAGCUGGGGAAGGAGCACGACAGGAAGGAGGCGAUCCUGCAGGACUUGGCGGAGAAGAUCGAUACCUUGCGGGAGAAGUGUAAUAACCAGAUUAACAAGAUCGUGUACGAUUCGGAGGUCGCUAUGAUGAAGGACUAUAAUAAGAGUGUGGAAGUCCAAGCGGACCUUUCGCAGGAGGCGGCCAAUUCGACGCAUCAGUACGAGCAUUUGUUGGAAGAGCAUUUGGAGGUGGAGAAGGGGCUGAGGACGAAGAGGCUCAAAGUUGAGGCGCAGUUGGCGAGUUGGGUGGCGAAGUACGAUAAUGAUAUUGGGGAGAAGCAGACGGAGUACGACGAACUGGAGAAGACUUACAACGAAGAAAAAGAAGAACUCGAUUUGUUGCAAGAUCAGCUCGAAGAUCAGGAAACCGAGUACCUCGUUCUAAUGAAAGAAAAAGAAGAAGAAGAAGAGCGCAUCAACUACGAAAAAGCGUGGAUGUUCCUGCAGAAUCGGGCGGCCAGGCGAAUCCAGAGGGCUUGGAGGGCCUACAAGGCCCGCAAACUCGCAAGACGAAAAAAAAAGGGUAAAAAGAAAGGCAGUGCUGAGGCCAUUAAAGGUAAAAGCGGCGCCAAGAAGAGUCCCAGAGGCAAGAAAGAAAAGAACGAGAAGAAAGGCAAAAAGAAAGACAAGAAGAAAACGGAGCCGGUAAAAGAUGAACUACGCGUCCAGCUUUCAGGGGGACCUGACCCCAACGCUCUACUCGAAGGUAAAUUCCGCGAUGACAUUUUAGGUGAGAUCAAGUCUAAAGAAGCUUUCUCGAAACACGAGCUGGUGGUGAACUUGAUGAAAGAUGAGACGGAGUCCAUGAACGAGAACUAAAUCUUUAUAAAAAAUUUAUUAAUGCUAUGAUACAUGUUAAAAAAUUAGUAAAGCAAAUAAAGUAGAAAAGUAUAAAUUAA